AUGUCCCAAUAUAUAACCACCUUCUCCCCCACCACCGGCGCAUCAAUCUUCUCCUCCAAACUCCCCGACCCCCUCCACGCGCACCCGAUCCCCCUCGGAAAAAUCACCUACCUCUACACAACCCACACCCCACCGAACCUAUCCACCGAAGCCGACAUCGACACCUACCUCACCGACCGUGAAAACGGACUGCCACCAACCUCCCCCGUCCCGCCCGGCGGGACGAACGCAUCCCUCAUCGAGCUCGCCCCGGGGGCGGCGACGCCGGUGCGGAGGACGAUCACGGUCGGGGUGUUUAGGGUGCUGAAGGGGAUUGUGAGGUUGAUGUUGGAUUCCGGGGAGGAGAGGGUGCUUAAGGAAGGGGAUGUGGUUGUGAUUAGGGGGGCGAAGCAUACGUGGAGGAAUGAGACGGAGGGAGAGGGGGAGCAGGGGUGGGCGAAGUUGAUGGUUUUUGCGAUGAGUGUGAAGGAUUUUGAGGUGAAUGGGAAGCAGGUUGAGGCGGAGUGGUUGUAG